UUUGUCUGGUCAGGGGGAAAGCCAAGGCAACCAAUAUUUGGGGUUUCUUUUAUUUCAUUUGUGGAGAAAUAUUUGAGAAAGGGUGGCGAGGGAAGAUUUCCUGACUGGACUUCUUCAGCUGUCUAUUAGUAGAAGAACAAGAGGACCUUGGAUGUCAACGCCUAACAGACUCUUGAGACCAGCCACCAGACCACAAAAAGUGACUUUCUCUUUGCGUGGCCUCUGCGUCCCUCCUGAUGGAGGCAGAAAUGGGGAGCAGCACGGAGACUGGAAAGACCGCCAACAGAGGCACUCGAAUCGCUCUGGCUGUGUUCAUUGGCGGCACCCUCGUGCUGGGUACGAUCCUCUUUCUAGUGAGUCAAGGUUUCUUAAGUCUCCAAGCUAAGCAGGAGUACUGCCUGAAGCCAGAAUGCAUCGAAGCUGCUGCUGCCAUCUUGAGUAAAGUAAAUUUCUCUGUGGACCCUUGUGAUAAUUUCUUCCGGUUUGCUUGUGAUGGCUGGAUAAACAGUAAUCCGAUUCCUGAAGAUAUGCCAAGCUAUGGGGUUUACCCUUGGCUGAGACAUAACGUGGACCUCAAGUUGAAGGCCCUUUUGGAGAAAUCUAUCAGUAGAAGGCGGGACACCGAAGCCAUACAGAAAGCCAAAAUCCUUUAUUCAUCUUGCAUGAAUGAGAAAGCGAUCGAAAAAGCAGAUGCCAAACCAUUGCUACACAUCCUGCGACAUUCCCCUUUCCGCUGGCCUGUGCUCGAAUCUAACAUUGGUCCCGAAGGUAUUUGGUCAGAGAGGAAGUUCAGUCUCUUGCAUACCCUUGCAACGUUUCGUGGUCAAUACAGCAAUUCUGUGUUCAUCCGGUUGUAUGUGUCCCCUGACGACAAGGUGUCCAACGAGCACAUUUUGAAGCUGGACCAAGCAACUCUCUCCCUAGCCGUGAGGGAAGACUACUUGGAUAAUACCACAGAAGCCAAGUCUUAUCGGGAUGCCCUUUACAAGUUCAUGGUGGACACGGCUGUGCUUUUGGGAGCUAAUAGCUCCCGAGCGGAGCAUGACAUGAAGUCAGUGCUUAGAUUGGAAAUUAAGAUAGCCGAGAUAAUGAUUCCACAUGAAAACCGAACCAGCGAGGCCAUGUACAACAAAAUGAACAUUUCCCAGCUGAGUGCUAUGAUUCCCCAGUUUGACUGGCUGGGCUACAUCAAGAAGGUCAUCGAUGUGAAACUCUACCCUGGCCUGAAAGACAUUGGCCCCUCAGAGAACGUGGUCGUCCGUGUACCACAGUACUUUAAGGAUUUGUUUAGGAUAUUGGGCUCUGAGAGGAAGAAGACCAUUGCCAACUAUUUGGUGUGGAGGAUGGUUUAUUCCAGAAUUCCAAACCUUAGCAGGCGCUUUCAGUAUAGGUGGCUUGAAUUCUCACGGGUAAUUCAGGGAACCACAACUCUAUUGCCUCAAUGGGACAAAUGUGUAAACUUUAUUGAAAGUGCCCUCCCUUAUGUUGUUGGGAAAAUGUUUGUGGAUGUGCACUUCCAGGAAGACAAAAAGGAGAUGAUGGAGGAACUGGUUGAGGGCAUUCGCUGGGCCUUUAUUGACAUGCUGGAGAAAGAAAAUGAGUGGAUGGAUGCAGGGACGAAAAGGAAAGCCAAGGAAAAGGCAAGAGCUGUUUUGGCAAAAGUUGGCUAUCCUGAGUUUAUAAUGAAUGACACUUAUGUUAAUGAAGACCUGAAGGCAGUAAGUGCUAAAUAUACUGUAUUUUUGUUUUUUGGCAACUUUUACUGGCCUCAUGCCUUUCAGCUAACCCAAGCCCAAGCACUUAGACUGGCCAGUGGAGAACUGGACUACGGGCUAAAGUCAGAGUUCCAGCUGGCCUCUAUUUACUUAGGAGCAUUGGAUCUCGGUACUUCUUCAGAGAAGGUCAGUGUUUCUG